UGGGGUAGGACAGACUCACAGGAAGCUUCAAACUAGUUAGAAGACAUCAAUUUUUCUGUACCUGGUCAACUCCUGUAUCUUUGGAGGAGGAUGCUGUCGGAAGGUUACCUUCAUAGAAUCACCUACUUUUGUGAAGACCUGAACCCUGCGCUCUACAAGAGUUUGCCUGAUGAAGGGGUGUAUGAAAUGAGGCCCAUUAAAUAUUCUUCCACAAGCGAAGCACAAGGAAAAAGCCUCCUUCAGAGAUGCAGAUCUGCUGGCAAGUGCAUUUCCUCAGUCUGCUGUAGAGGAAGCAAGCACAGCAGAAGGCAGAAGGAUAAUCUCCCACAGCCUGUCCAGCACCCAACGCCCACGGGGCAGCCACCUCCAGCUACACACAUCUGUGAGGAGCUGACAAAAAAGGUCACCUACCUGGUGCCACCUUCCUGCAAGAGCAUCUGCAAGAACUACAACGAUCUGCAUAUAGCUGGGGACUACGUGGUGCCCAUCAGCUCAGACACGACAGAUUUUGCUUGUGACAGCGGCAUUGGCCCCUUCCUGGAGUCAUCAGAGAUUCCUCCAGCCCUGGAGUCGGUGAAGGCUCCCGUGGCCACUGGCACCCUCCGCAGGCCAGCCCAGGGCCACUCCUCGUGCUGGCGCCUGGCCAGCCUGGGGCCCCACCUGCAGCCCCUCUCCGACUCUGCCCUCAACGACUACCUGGAGCAGAAGCUGCUGGAACUGUACAAGCAGUACAUCAUGGACAGCACAGCAAGCACGGCACCCCCCGCCCAGAUCCUGGCCUCGGAGCUGAUCAUGACUAACGUGGAUCAGAUCAGCAUGCAGAUAUCCCGGGAGAGGAACAUGGAGACUGGCAAGGCCAAAGACAUUGUCAUCACCCGCUUCUUGCAAAUAGCCAGUGGCAAGAUUUCCUCAGAAAUGAGCACACCUACUCUGCAUAUUUCCCAAUAUAGUCACAUUAAUGCUUAGUGUUUCAAUGUUAGAAAGUUUUAA